AUGUUGUUGUUGGUGGGAGAGAGAGAGAGCGCGAGGCAGAAGGAACGAAGACUGUAAAUAUGGAGGAGGUGAAAUGGUAGGAGGUUCAACGCAUCCUGCCAACUAGCUUUACACCUUUCCGUGGCCACCUUAAGGAAUAUAGGAUUCUGCGCUGGCGGAGAGUUGGGGGGCGGGGGUAUCGUGCACCGAACCUCGGCGGUGACCGCAUCCGAUAGGAAGCGACCUGAGCUCCGCUGAAACUCACGUAAACUGCAUCCAGAACCACACAGCACUCUGGGAGAUGUAGGCCAAGGAAGGGCAUUCUUCACUCAACCUCUCACAGACAGCUAAUCAAGGAAUCCUUUCUCUUCACCAUAUCAUUACUUUAGCAGUAGGUGGAGCCAGAGGACCAGGGGGAUCUCCAGUUAGCUUCAAGGUAAACUCCACAUUGAGGCCUUUUAAUCUACCUGUUUGUCCUUUUGAUGUCCAACUCAUGGAUGAUUCAGAAGACCCACUUUAACAGAAGCAUAUGCAGGGCAGAAGUCCAGGCUCAGCCUUCAUGAAUUCAUCCCACGAAUCCAAGCUUCGUUCUAAUUUUGGAAAUAUGGAACCUCAAGGAGUGCUCUCCCGAAUCUAUUUACAUCCUUGCUGCUCUUCCUCCCCUUCAUACUCCUCCUCUUCUCUCAAUCUUGUCAGCCAGGAGGUGAAAAGUGAGACGAUCCAUUGAUGUGACAGAAAACUCGGCUUCUUCUUUGUCUGGACAUUUUUUGGUUGUUCAGCUCACAGAAUUGCCCAGCAGGAUGGAGAUUACGCAGCGCUAGAUGGUUUCUGUCUGUUGGGAUUUUGGACUCCAAGCCGCCACUGCAACAGAAGAAACAAACUUCUUUUCCUGAGCUGACAGGUACCUGACAAAGUGUUUCGGUUUUCUGGAGCCAGCAGAGGACUUAAGAAGAUCUAUGCAAGCUUGGUGUUUUCUCAUCUACUUGGACUCAAAUCCCUCAAUCCCAUUGGAGAGGAGACUUCUUGGAACUCACACCUACUAUGACAGAGAAGAGGAUUUUAAUCAAGGUGAUACUGGCCGGUUAGUACAAUUGAAACUGAACAGCCACUGAAGCUCUGAGAAAAUUUGCAAUCUCUACCAAGACUGGAUUACACAAUAAAAACUUUUUAGAGUAUUUAUUCACACUUAACAGGACAAUUUACAGAGUUUAUAUAUAUGUAUUUUUUUUUACAAUUUGUGGCAGACAGUUCUUCCUAAGCUAUGCUGGUACCUCUAAAGACCAGACAUUUUUUCUUUUCACAAACUUAAGCAGCAGCUCUUGUCCUGGCAUGCUGUUACAUCCCACCAUGUCAGGAUUGUGCACCAUGCUGCAGACCAUCUACGAGACUGAGUCGUGUUUUUCCUCUGCCAGCACAGACAGCCACCACCAGCCUCUGGAGCUCCUGAGUGACAGCAGGGGCUCCGGUGCUGACAUGACCGCUGCUGUCUUGGAGGUGAAGAGCCCCCUACCAUCAGGCAUGCAGAGUCCAGUUGAAGCAACAUGUGGUGGUGAAGGAGGUGUCGGUGUUUCUGGAGAAGGCCUAGUUGGAGGCGGAGGCCCAGUGGACUUGAGGACAGAGCCGAGGUUGAGCUCUGUGUCUGGUGGAGGAGCAGUGGAUACAGCCCUGAGAGAGCAGCAGCUUCAGCAGGAACUCGUGCUUCUCAAACAGCAACAGGAACUCCAGAAGCAGCUGCUAUUUGCGGAGUUUCAGAAAAAACAUGAAGUGUUAACGAGGCAGCACGAAGUCCAGCUGCAAGAACACUUAAAGCAACAACAGGAGCUGCUGGCAGCAAAGCGGCAGCAGGAGUUGGAGCAUAAGAGAAAACUGGAGCAACAAAGACACGAAGAACAGGAGAAACAGAGACUGGAGCAACAACUGUUGCUGCUGAGAAACAAAGAGAAGGGGAAAGAGAGUGCCAUUGCCAGCACAGAGGUGAAGCUGAAGCUUCAGGAGUUUCUUCUCAGUAAGAAAGAACCUGGUCCUGGAGGACUCAACCAUUCCUUCUCCUCAAAGUGCUGGGGAGGCCAGCACACGUCUCUAGAGCAAAGCUCCCCCCCUCAGAGCAACACCCCUGGAACCUCUCCCUCCUACAAACUCCCCCCUCUUCUCGGAAACUACGAGGGUAAAGACGACUUCCCACUUCGGAAGACAGUUUCAGAGCCGAACUUGAAGGUUCGAUCUAGACUCAAGCAGAAAGUGGCAGAGAGGCGCAGCUCUCCAUUGUUGCGCAGGAAGGAUGGAACUGUCAUCAGCACCUUCAAGAAAAGGGCUGUUGAGAUAUCAGUCUCCUCCCUUUGUAACAGUGCUCCUGGCUCAGGUCCCAGCAGCCCCAACAGUUCCAAUUCGGCCAUCGCCAACGGCAACACGGGAUCAGUCCCCAACAUACAAACCGAGCUGAGAUCUCUCCAUCAGACUCUGGGGGCCGAUGGGACAUUGAGUCCUCUUACCCUCUACACCUCACCGUCCCUGCCCAAUAUUUCCCUUGGCCUCCCGGCCAACACACACAUCACACCACCCCAGAAACUGUCCACCCAGCAGGAAGUAGAGCGUCAGGCCAUCCAGUCCUUACGAGGGGGAGGAGGUCUAACUGGGAAGUUUCUCUCCACUUCCUCCCUACCCGCAGGUGCAGCACAUGAUGUGGAGACUCCGCCCCCCGGCUCUCAUUCAGCCCAUUCCUCGUUGUUGCAACACGUCCUGUUACUUGAGCAGGCCCGACAACAGACCGCUAUGUUAGUGCCCAUAUACAGUCAGUCACCACUGGUUACUGCAGAGAGAGGUGUAGCCACUGGAAUGCGGCCCGUCAACAAGCUGCCCCGCCACCGACCGUUGGCUCGCACACAGAGCGCCCCUUUACCCCAGUCGCCCCAGGCGCUGCAGCAGCUGGUGGUCCAACAGCAGCACCAGCACUUCCUGGAAAAACACUACAAGAUGCUAUCGAAGGGGGGGGACCUCCCAAGACCACCACCCACUCACCCUGAGGAGACGGAAGAGGAGCUGACAGAGACCAAUGACAUGCAGGAAGAUGAAAGCGUGGCUCUUAACAGCCUGCAGAAAGAGGGAUCAGACGACAGCAGCCACUCAUCUGAGCGACUGGCCAGCCACCUGAAAGGGGAGGAGGAAUCCAGGGUUCUCCAGGUCAAAGGCGAGAGCACGGAGAGUGAGCUAGAUGAAGAUGAAGAGGAUGAUGAUGUCAUUCAGCUCAGGGAGAGUGAGGAAGAGGAAAGGCAGUCCUUGCAGCAUCUCAGCGUGUUUUCAUCCUCGCUGCCCCACAGACCUCUGGGAAGAGCCAAGUCAUCCCCUGCAACUGCUGUCAACCCCAUCAAACACCUCUUCACCACCGGGUUGGUGUAUGACAGCCUGAUGCUGAAACAUCAGUGUGUUUGUGGCAAUGCUCACAUUCACCCAGAGCAUGCUGGGAGAGUCCAAAGCAUCUGGUCCAGACUGCAGGAAACAGGCUUACUGAGCCGCUGUGAGAGGAUUCGUGGGAGAAAAGCAUCUCUAGAUGAAAUCCAGUCGGUCCAUUCAGAGUUCCACACCCUGCUGUAUGGAACCAGCCCGCUCAAUCGGCACAAACUGGACCACAAGAAGCUUCUGGGUCCAAUCAGUCAGAAGAUGUAUGCAGUUCUGCCCUGUGGAGGAAUAGGGGUGGACAGUGACACUGUGUGGAACGAAAUGCACUCAUCAGCAGCAGUUCGCAUGGCAGUGGGCUCAGUUAUUGAGCUGGCCUUUAAGGUGGCCGCAGGGGAGCUGAAGAAUGGCUUUGCAGUUGUGCGUCCACCUGGUCACCAUGCAGAGGAAUCCACAGCGAUGGGCUUUUGCUUCUUCAACUCAGUAGCCAUCACUGCCAAGCUGCUGCAACAGAAGCUUGGUGUGGGGAAGAUCCUCAUUGUGGACUGGGACAUACACCAUGGCAACGGCACCCAGCAGGCUUUCUACAACGAUCCCAAUGUGCUCUACAUUUCUCUGCAUCGCUACGAUAAUGGAAACUUCUUUCCUGGCAGUGGAGCACCAGAGGAGGUAGGCUCAGGUGCAGGAGCUGGCUUUAAUGUAAAUAUAGCAUGGACUGGAGGAGUAGAGCCUCCUAUGGGUGAUGUGGAAUACCUCACUGCUUUCAGGAGUGUGGUAAUGCCCAUUGCCCAGCAGUUCAGUCCAGAUGUGGUCCUGGUAUCUGCAGGCUUUGAUGCAGUGGAAGGUCAUCAAUCUCCUCUGGGUGGCUACAAUGUUUCUGCACAAUGUUUUGGUAAGCUAACACAGCUGCUGAUGGGACUAGCAGGUGGGCGGAUUGUAAUGGCGCUCGAGGGUGGCCAUGACCUAACUGCUAUCUGUGACGCAUCAGAGGCCUGCGUUUCUGCCCUCCUGGGAGAUCUGUGUGACUCUGGGUUUCAGUGGCCUCAGGAGAAGCCAUGUCCAAAAGCCUGCGCGUCCCUGGAGAGAGUCAUAGACAUCCAGAGUAAACACUGGUCUUGUCUCCAGAGUGCGUCUCAAACCAGUGGCCCCUCGCUCCUGGCAGGGUCUCCUGUGGCCCCAGGCCAGUCUGAGAGAGACGAGGCUGAAACACUCAGCGCCAUGGCCUCGCUAAGUGUUGAUGUGGACCAGCCAGGCUCUGUUUCUGAAAACAGAGAAUCUAACAGGUCUACAGAGGAGCCAAUGGAGGAAGAGCCUGUGUUGUAAAAAGGAGCUGACCUGAAGCACCCAAAAACACCUUCACCUCCUUGUAACACCUUCUUGUCCUCCUGUUCCUGCUCCUCCACAGAGUGUGUAUGUACACCAACACACACACACGCACAUGCGCGCACACACACAUUCACAGUGUGAAACUGAAUUGUUGUGGAGAUCUCAGUUUGGCUGAGAACAUCCAUGUAAGGCAGGCAAAGGCAAGUCCUGUACACAACAGGGGCACCUCUCUUCUUCUGGUUCAUCCAUCCAAGGAUUCGCAGACGACUUGUUCGCAUCUUCAUGGAAACCAAAGACGAGGAGCGUCAGCAAGGUUGUAAUUUCUGUACACAGCAUCGCUGAACCUUGUCCAGUCGUUCUUCUUUUAUAUUUCCUACCUACUCCUUUGUUUCCACUGAGUGACUUUUACUGUGGAAACAAAAAACUUUAAUAUGGUCAAAAUGUCCGACAAUAAGCUGACGACUUGUCUUCUUGUGUCUGUCAGAGAAAACGAGUAGUCACUUUUUGGAAGGUUGACCCAUUUUACAAGAAGCGGGAGAGCAAGAACUCCAGGUGCCUUUUUUCUGUCUGACACAAACUAUUCAAUCAGAAUCCACACAUCACUGCCAGUGCACCUCAGCCAACCAAGUAGACCACGAAGACUGAAGAACCAGCCAGAUAGUGCACAUACACUGCUGUUGUUUCAGUCGCUCAAUGUAUAUUUGUUUCAUCAUCUGAAUGCCUUAGUUUUUCUUUUCUUUUUUUUUUGUGACAAAGAUGAGUAGAGGGGAUCAGAAGAACUCAUAAGCUGUAAUCUUUCCAAGUAUUCCCAAAAUACUUAUUUAGUGUUUCCUAAGAGUUGUACCAGUGGAAAUGUUUGUCAAAAAGCUUAUAUGAGUGUUAUUAUUGAAGUUAAUGUAAUAUAAUGAUACUGAGGAAACAAUCUCAGGAUCAGCUCAUCUUCUACAAAACUAGACAUUAUACUGCAGCCCUUCAAGCUCACUUUGUUGUUUCUGUUGAAAGUCAUGUGACCUGAGUCCCACCCCUUUCUAUCCUUCAAAAAUUUUAGAUUGUGGCACUUUUUAAAAUACCACAAUUGCCACCUCUUCUUUGUUUUUUUAUUUUGAGUGCAACAUUUUUCUCUUGCUGUAAAUACCGUCCACCAUCCUGAUGUGCAUGGCAACAUCACAGCAUCUAUAUGGUUGGUUUGUUUUUGCUAUAUCUGUACAUACUUGUAUGUAUAAACUACAGAAUACUUUCUCUUUUUGUAUGACAAGCAAAAAUAAUGUGUAAACUGUUUCCUCCAAUCAUAAGAUUUAUGAAUAUACACUAUUUGAGGAUCCAGUGUUUUAAAAGUUUGGCUAUUUGACAGAAAGUUGGUGCACGGCUUGAUGGCACCUGCUGUCACCGCAGCCUGCUUGUUGUUUGUUUACAGAUCCCAAGGGACAAUAGGAUGUUGAAUCUUUUUGGAGGAGAAUGUUGCGCUCAGGUUCCUCUGGCAGGACCACUGCUCUGUACUGCCCUCCUUAGGCAAGCAGCAGGAUCUACACAUAGAAGGUGUUCAAAUCAAACGUCAUGACUGGCUUAGUAGGUGGGUCCAGUGACUGUGACUUUGUAUUCCAACAAAUCUUCACAGCAUGUUGCUAAAUCCCAGACAUGUUAUAUAUGAGAGAUCGGACGGAUGGUAGCAAUGUUCAGACUUCCUCUCCACGAUAGACAGAAAACUAAUGUGUCCUUCAAAGUAGGGUUUGUGUCAAUGAACUUCUUACAAGCAAUUAGUCCUUUUAAAGUAGAACCCACAUGCUCUUUGAUGUCUUCAUUUGUUAGUACAUUUAUUAAACUUCACACAAACUUUACAAGUAUAGUGAAACAGCGUUUGUGAAAAGGGUCACCAAUAGUGCAAAAGAUAAAGAAUGCAGAGUUUGUCAGCGACCAUUUUAGCUUAUGUGAAUGCAGACAGGUGAAAAAAUAGUUAGGGUGCCAAUCCAUAGUCAGCAGGUCACUUUGGUUUUUAACAUUCUUGUUUGUAAAGGUUGCUGAAGACAUUUUUCAUUAAUUAAAUACUUUAAAUAAUAAAAUUGUCCCAAAUAAUGUAUUGAUUUAAACUCCAGACUGGUAAUAUGGCUUCAGCUGUAAAACUUCUACAUAUAUACUGCUUCAUUCUACAUGAGCUAUCAUGUAACCAGAUUGAGUAAAAACCACAGUAUUGCUGUUGAUAACUACACAAAACAAUCGAACAAAAAUAUUUAACUUGAUCUCAUUCCCUUUUAAAAGCCCAUAACAUUACAACUUUAGCUGUAUCUCAUUGAAAAAAACAAGCAUGACAUGUUGAUAUUAUCUGGGUAAUCUCCUCAUGUAGCCAGUCUGCAAUAGGCUGCUUCAGUAAUAUUCUUCAGGAAUAUGUACAGUUUCAAGACAGCAUUAGCUUGAAUGGUCUUGACAUGCCUUGCCAGACUGGCCAGCUGUUAGGACAUUCUGGAUGCAUGUUUGCCCAUCUUUAUGCAGAAUUUCUGCUCAGAGACCGUGUUUUCACCUCAGCCUCACAACUCGACGGUGUAGUUGUCUUGUUACAGCAAACUGAGCAUCGAUUCACAGAAAAAGAUGGAUUAGAGACUGUACACUGUACCACAAACAAACUGAUUUCUUUGCCACUUUCACUGGCCUCUCAUUAAAAGGACUUUAAACUGUCAGAAUAAUUUGGAAACAUGUUGACUAUCUAACCUUAAUUUGAGUUUGUGCCUCAUUCAUAGUGUGCAUAUGUACGAGUGGCUCAACUGCCAGAUGAUGUUAAUAUAUUCAUCACAAACGGUUAUUGCUUAUUUCAGGUCAAAAAGAAGGUAAAUGUUGUGUUGAAUGUUGACCUUCAAUAUGCUAACUUUAGCAGUUAGCAAGUGCUAAUCGCUAAACAUAUCCUUCCUGGGAUUAAACUAGUAUUUAAACAAUUACAAACAGUUCUUGUUUGUAAUUUGCAAUGAGUAACUUCAUAAAUUGACAAACCCCAUCAACUCCUCAAGUUGCAAAACCUUAAAGCUGGACCUAUCUAUUAAUCAGUGCUGUAAGAACAUUCUAUAGAGACAUAGAGAAGCUCACACUUAACUAGGCAUGCUGCAAUAGACACUUCAACCUUUGGGUUACAUCCAUUUAGCAAUGUCAGACCAACAGAAUGCAAAAGAUCAAUGUAUCCCACUUCAGUGUUGAUGUGCACAACAGAUAGCAUCACUGCCUACAUAAUUUGUGGUUCAGUGCUGUUUGUAUUUCUUAUCAGGCUGGACUGAUGGAACAGAUUUAUGGCUUUAUGCUAUUUAUUUUUUAUUUUAUUUUUUUUUUGUCUUUCUGCACUAGUAGACAAUCCCAUCUCUCAAACUGUCAGUCACUAAUAUGAAGCCUGACUUUUGGGCCAGGGAACUGAAAGCUAAAAUUCACCAAUAAUUAUGAUGAUGCAGAAUGCUGACCAUAUAUUAAUAUGUUUAAUAUAUUAAACUGACAUUUAAAUAAGCACAAAUCAAUCGAAGGGAUGAUUUGGAUCUUUAAAGUGAAGGUAGUGCCAGUUAUAGUUUGAUAAACUGAGAUUGACAGACAACAUGUUCCUGUGGUAUUCAUAGAAAAACCUCAUUACGGUGGGUGGAUAGCAGUUAAUCAGAGGAUUAAUUCUAGCCAGCUAAGACAAGUCAAACAUAAAAAUGCUCAUAUCUGUCAAAUAACAAGCUAUAUUAGCAGAUAUUUAAUAUCUACACUUUUGCAAGAGUUGAGUUUGUUGCUUUGACAAAUGAACAGCAUCUGAGGCUGCAUGCAGCACAUCUGCCUGGAUAAUUCCCAAACAAUUGCAAGGUUUUGAUAUACAUUCUUAUUCCCAUUGGACAAAUGGCAGCUCAACAGCAAAGUUAACUUUACGUUGGUGAAUUUCACAGAUUGGUGAGUGACAGCAGAUUGAGACCACAAACACAAUUGAGAGUGUAGAAAGCUAACAGUCAGAUGGCACAUUGUUGCAGCAAAUUAUUGCAAUUCCAAACAACUUAAACUGCAUGAUCAAAAACCAAUAAUAUAUAUUAUCCAUUUGUGAAUAAUUGGUAUGAUGGGGAAGGAUGAUUGCGAGGCGACUGCUUUUCCCACUGAGACAUCACCCUAUGCAGUAUGUAUUAUCAAGUUAAACUGUUUUCGCAGUCAAAAAACGUCAAUGUGAUGGUGCAAAGCGCUAUUGGCAGAGACAGCCAGCUGUUGGAGCGGGAUCACUUCUGGAAAAGGACUGGAACAUAUUUGAUGCCUCUGCACAAAUGACACAAAAUCCAGAGUUUAAUGUCAUUCUUAGCAGACUUUGACUGACUGUCGUAGCUCAGCUAUGACAACUAGAAUACAGGGACAAGCUUACUGAUCGCUAGUAAAAGAGAUACACAGCAUUGUGUCCAACAGAUAGAAACAUUUUCAGUUUGAGUGGUUUUGAAGCAUCUAUCUGGGUAAGGAUUUCCUUCAAGUCUCUGCAACCUCACUGACCUCUGGCCACAUCAGGUAAGAGACGUGUCACUGAUAACUUCACAAAACCUCACUUCAAAAGUUCCGAGCUAUUCCUUUAAUGCUGAUGUGGAUGAGCAAGCAGCAACUACCACCACAUUCUGUUGAGCCCCCCAUGCCUCCUGAAGUCAAAAGAUUUUAUAUGCUAAAUGUGACAUUUCCUGAGAAUUUGCUUACACUUUAUGGCCGUUUAAGGAACUGCAGUAUAAAAGUUUUAAAAUGCAUCAUUUCCAGGUAUGCUGUCACCACAACCUGAGACAUUUCUAUGAACCGUUGCUAGUGGAAACUAACAGUUUUCACAUGUGUUUAUUGUUUUACCCUAAUAGUGUUUUAUGAUAUUAGUUCACUGAGACCAAAAUUCCACCAAACCUAAAUGUGGCGAUGGUUGCCACAUACUGUGUACGCACAUGUUGUCUCUCAACUCACAUUUCUUUCUGACAAACAGAAUGCAGAGAAAAAGUGGAUAGACUGAAAGAAGUGUUUAGUGUUGUGAAGGUGUUUCACAGCUUUAAUGUCGUCGUUAUACACACUGACUCUUUUGCUAUUUAAAUUGAUCCUGUAUAUUUCUUCAUGUUUGAGCCCGUGGUGUAGCUGUUGUGUCCUGUAAAGCCAUGUUGGAGGUGCAGGGGGUUACAUUGGAACCCCAGGAUUUUGGUUGGGAGUUUCUGGGGAGAAAGACAUUCUCUCUGUUUGCUUUAUUUCUUCACUGAAGAGUUUUCAGAAAACAGCAUUUAUUUUUGUUGUUGUUGUUGGAACUUAUCACAAACACAUUCCUGAAUUUUCUCCAUCCAUGGUGUCAUUUUUCUUUUGCAGAUUACUGUUGGUAAACUGUCCUGUCUACUUCUCACUGACUCACAUGUAAAUAAAUUUCAUAUUUGUGUUCACAUGUGCAAUACACGCUACUCAAGCAAUCUGUUACUGUGACAAAUAUUGAUAUUUGCUACUUUUUGAAGUUUCAACCUAUUUUUGCUCCUUAUGGAUUAUGUUGCAAGAUCUUAAAAAAAGGGAAAGUAACUAUUGUGAUUCUUCACACUCAAUUUAAAUUCAGGGUUUUGUUGACAUUUUAAUGAAGCCCUUUUGUUUUUAAAACACUCACUGUACUGUUGUCAUGAUUUAUUUUUUAAAAUUAAUAUUUUAAAGUGGGCUUGUUAAGUUUGUCUGGAAACUCAAUAAAGCAAUUCACGGACUGUU